GACAAACAUGUGCUGGCAGUGGUAACAAUAGACAAGAUGUUGGAAAAACUGAGGAAGUGCAAUGAAUUUCUGGAGAUAAUUCUCAAGGGACUUAACGAAUACCUAGAGAAGAAGCGCCUGUUUUUCCCAAGAUUCUUUUUUUUAUCUAAUGAUGAACUCCUUGAGAUUCUUUCAGAGACCAAAGAUCCUACCCGAGUACAGCCUCACCUGAAAAAGUGUUUUGAAGGAAUUGCAACAGUGGUGUUUACUGAUGUGUUAGAUAUUACGCACAUUAAAAGUAGUGAAGGAGAGACUGUGAAACUCACACAGACCAUUUCAACCUCUGAAGCUAGAGGUCAAGUUGAAAGAUGGCUCCUUGAACUGGAGGCAGCUAUGCUGAAUUCUGUCCACAAGGUCAUUCAGAAUGCAAUUGAAGCUUAUCCCAAAACUCCAUGUGUUGACUGGGUACGAGAGUGGCCUGGACAAACUGUUCUUUGCGUAUCCCAAACUUUCUGGACGAUGCAGGUAGAGAAGCCUAUUAGAAAUGGCCAGAAGUCUUUCAGGAAGGAGAAACAGAAAUUCUAACCUUAGAGAUUUUAAAUCCAGCAUAAAAUCCAGAGACUUCAAAUCCAGCAUCGUCUUAAUGAGGUUGUUAGUGAAUAAAGGAAGGACAUCUUCAAACAAGAAUGAUCAAUGCUGGACUGAGAUAUGGAUAUGAAUAUCUUGGCAAUACACCUAGGCUGAUUAUUACUCCACUUACAGACAGGUUCUACAGGGUUUGUUAUCUUGUGGAGC